AUGGCACCCAAGCCAUCGUCGUCCUCACGGUCGUGGGAUGCUCUCACACCGCCGCUAUCACAAUGGACCCUGGACGCUGUGGCCUCUAUGGGCUUCACGCGCAUGACCCCAGUCCAGGCCUCGGCCAUUCCUCUGUUUAUGGCGCAUAAGGAUGUAGUCGUCGAGGCUGUGACCGGUAGCGGAAAGACUCUGUCAUUUUUAAUUCCCGUCGUGGAAAAGCUUUUGCGCCUUGAUGAUCCCAUCAAGAAGCAUCAUAUUGGGGCUAUCGUUAUCUCGCCAACGAGAGAGCUUGCAACCCAGAUCUACCAGGUCCUCCUAUCCUUGCUGGAAUUUCACCCUGCGUCGGCCGCCGCAAUCCACCCUCCUGAAGGCGAUGCGCCUCGUCCCAAAUCUUCCGCCUCGGUUUUGAAAGUCGUCCCACAACUUCUCUUAGGCGGCACAACAUCCCCGGCGGAGGAUCUUAGUGCUUUCCUCAAGCGCUCGCCAAAUGUACUGGUUGCGACGCCUGGACGAUUGUUGGAGCUUCUCUCCUCGCCUCAUGUUCACUGCCCGCAAUCUACCUUCGAAAUGCUUGUUUUGGAUGAGGCCGACAGACUUCUCGACCUCGGUUUCAAGGAGGACCUUCAAAGAAUCCUGCGCCAUCUUCCUAAGCAGCGAAGAACUGGUUUGUUCAGUGCCAGUAUCAGUGAGGCUGUUGAUCAGAUUGUCCGCGUAGGACUUCGCAACCCGGUAAAGAUUGCCGUUAAGGUCAAGGGUGGCUCUGGAGCUGAAGACAAGCGCACACCAGCAAGUCUGCAAAUGACCUAUCUUACAACACCGCCUGCCCAUAAGUUCUCCAUCCUUAAGAACAUCCUCUCAUCCGUCCAACCCACUCCUCAAAAAACAAUAUUCUUCGUGUCAACGUGCUCCAGUGUCGACUACCUCGCCAUGAUUCUCCCAAUCAUCUUAGGAGACGGGUUCCUUCUCGUUCCUCUCCACGGAAAGCAUGCCUCCAACGUACGCCAGAAGAAUUUCACCCGCUUCACAACUUCCACGACUCCCGCUAUUCUCCUGACCACCGAUGUUGCUUCCCGUGGACUCGACAUCCCAUCUGUCGAUUUGGUCGUGCAAAUUGAUCCCCCAUCAGACCCUAAGACAUUCAUUCACCGCUGUGGCCGAGCAGGCCGUGCUGGUCGCCGAGGUUUGAGUAUCGUUCUUCUCCACCCCGGACGGGAAGAAGACUAUGUCCAGUUCCUCGAAGUGCGCAAGACUCCCGUUGCACCUUUCAAUCUCCCAGUUCCUCUUUCCGAUGCGGACGCCGCGACCACGACUCAACUUGUACGCUCGAAUAAUCUCCAGGAUCGAUCUCACCACGAUAAGGCCCAAAAGGCCUUUGUCAGCUGGCUUCGCAGUUAUAGCAAGCACCAAGCGAGCAGUAUAUUCCGGGUAGAAGACCUGAGCUGGGAGGCUCUGGGUAAAGCCUGGGGUCUUCUCAGGCUACCCCUAAUGCCCGAGCUGCGCAGCUUCACCGGAGACAAGCUCCUGGGUGUCAGUGUUGACUGGGACACCUUCGCAUAUAAGGAUAAGCAGCGUGAGAAGCGUCGCAAGGAGGAAAUGGAAGAGAAGGCGCAAGGAGGAGGCGCCCAGAAGCAAGAUUCACGCAAACGCCAAGCAGGCGAGAGUGCCGCUUGGAGUCAGAAUCAAGAAUCUCGGGAAAAGAGACUCAGGCGGAAGGAGACCAUUCAAUCACGAAAACAGCAGGAGAGAUGGGAGAAGCUGCCCGAGGAGGAGAAAGAAAAGGUCCGUGAGACUGAGCGGAUGGUUGAGGAGAUUCGUAUCAAGAAUGAGCAAGAACGGCUGGCCAGAAAACAGCUGGCAGCUGAGGGUGGAGAUGGGGAGUUCCAAGGCUUCGAUUGA